AUGUCUGCAAAAGGAGCUAAAGUCCAAGAUAAAGCCAAAGUUGGAAACACAGGGCAGGAUAUACUGUUGGCGAAGAAAGAAAAUCAGAAGCAAGCAAAUGAUGGGAAAUUGCAUUUGGAAUUCGAGGAGACAGUCGAAGUUAUUUUCUCAAUUAUUGGUCCUCGCAGUGUUCAUCUUAGUGGGCGCAGCGGUCAACAUGUUCAUGGAGACGAUGAGACAUAUCCUUUUGUUGGUCUAAUGCUGUUCAUUGCAUAA